UCCGGCAGCAGCCGGUUCCAGACCGUAGGCAGGGAAGCCUAUGAAGAGAGGAGCAGAAACUGCGCUCGGGAGGAUGAGAGACUGAGAAACCCGGCGGGAGAAAGGAGCUCCGCUGGGAGCAGAGAGCGGGAGGGCCGUUGCUGCGAAGGAGAGGGGACCGAAGCCGGCAUGCGAGUUCCCUGGCACAGGCUGCUCCGGAGGUCCCUGCACAAACUCUGAACCAGAGCGAAGAUCCAGGGAAAGCUGAGCACGAGGGGCGAUUCCAGGGAAUAAAACGGUGAUACGGGGCUGUAGGAGCCAAAUAAACAAGACCGCCCGGCUCCGUUUCCUUUUGCGCUCUGCCUUGUUCUCUCCCCCGCUUCGGGAGAAACUUUACAGGAAAGGAAACGGCCAAAACAACGUGAAAGGGCAAGCGACAGAGAUUUCAAAGCAGGGGGAGAGGGAGCUCGCACCAUCCUCUCCUGCGCUUUGGAGUCCAGAGUGACUGGUACUGCACCUGUGGACUUGGUACAAGAAGCAAAGGAAAACUAGCUUUAGCUGGCACCCGAACGUGAUAAGAGAGAACCAGCUUUCUAACGAGGCUGGUGUUCGAGCCAAAGCAAAUCCAGCCUUUUUCUGGUACUAGAACCACGUUUAAGGCGGUAGAAGAAGCUUGGUUUGGGAGAGCUGGCCACCCUCCGAAGCAGGGCCUGGGCACCUCGAUACUAAAAUUACAAGCCUGGAUUAGAGCAAGCCCCAAAGUGAACUGGGCUCAGAAAGAGACUCAGACUGGGGACAUAUCAGAAAGAUAAUCUGGAGUUUGGGAGUUUGAAUAAGCCCAGUUCCCAGGAUCCAGUACCUUAACCAGGACAGCAGACUCGGAACCAAUCCAGCAUUGCCCAAAUUCUCUAGGAGCGCUGUUCAGAAUUGCUGAUCCAAAGUUCUUUUGGGUUCAGCUUCAGGAAUUCAGGCCUACCUAGUUCACCUCCCCUGAGACAUAGAACACCAUGGAGGACGGAGCACGUCGUCGAGGUGGUUCUGAAAAGGAUUCAGCCAGCCCAGAAAAAUCAGAUGGUGGUGGUGUUGCACUCAAGAAAGAAAUCGGACUGAUAAGCGCAUGUGGCAUUAUCGUGGGUAACAUCAUUGGAUCGGGCAUCUUUGUUUCACCCAAAGGCGUGUUGGAAAACGCAGGCUCAGUUGGGCUGGCACUAAUUGUCUGGAUCGUAACUGGCCUCAUUACGGCUGUAGGAGCGCUCUGCUAUGCAGAACUGGGAGUCACUAUCCCCAAAUCUGGAGGCGACUAUUCCUAUGUCAAGGACAUCUUUGGGGGACUAGCUGGAUUCCUGCGGCUAUGGAUUGCUGUGCUGGUCAUCUACCCUACCAAUCAGGCUGUUAUUGCUCUCACCUUCUCAAACUACGUCCUACAGCCGCUCUUCCCCACCUGCCUUCCCCCUGAAACUGGACUGCGACUGCUGGCUGGGGUCUGUCUCCUGCUGCUGACUUGGGUGAACUGUGCCAGUGUGCGGUGGGCCACACGCGUCCAGGAUGUCUUCACAGCAGGGAAACUGCUGGCGCUGGGACUUAUCAUUGUUAUGGGAAUUGUGCAGAUUUGCAAAGGUGAAUAUUUCUGGCUGGAACCCCGGCAUGCCUUUGAGUUCUUCCAGACACCGGAUGUGGGAUUGGUGGCGCUGGCUUUCUUACAGGGCUCCUUUGCCUACGGGGGCUGGAACUUCCUUAACUACGUGACCGAGGAGCUGGUUGAUCCUUACAAGAAUCUGCCUCGAGCCAUCUUCAUCUCCAUUCCCCUGGUCACCUUUGUGUAUGUCUUCGCCAAUGUGGCCUAUGUCACUGCCAUGUCACCCCAGGAACUGCUGGCCUCCAAUGCUGUUGCAGUGACAUUUGGGGAGAAGCUGUUGGGAGUCAUGGCCUGGAUCAUGCCUAUCUCUGUUGCUCUUUCCACCUUUGGGGGAGUUAACGGAUCACUCUUCACUUCCUCUAGACUCUUCUUUGCCGGAGCCCGGGAGGGCCAUCUUCCUAGUGUACUGGCCAUGAUCCAUGUGCGACGCUGCACUCCCAUACCUGCCCUCCUCUUCACUUGCCUUUCAACCUUGCUUAUGCUGGUGACAAGUGACAUCUACACCCUGAUCAAUUACGUGGGAUUCAUCAACUACCUCUUCUAUGGAGUGACCGUGGCUGGGCAAGUCGUGCUACGCUGGCGGGAACCUCACCGGCACCGUCCCAUCAAGGUGAGCCUGUUCUUCCCCAUAAUUUACCUGCUGUUCUGGGCCUUUCUGUUGGUGUUCAGCCUGUGGUCAGAACCCGUGGUGUGUGGCAUUGGCCUGGCCAUCAUGCUGACGGGAGUGCCGGUCUACUUCCUGGGAGUGCACUGGGAGCACAAACCACCUGCCAUCAACACUUUUGUUGAUGCACUGACCCGGGCAGGGCAGAAGCUCUGUGUAGUUGUAUACCCCCAAAUGGGUGGGGGAGAACCUGAAAGCAAUCUCAGCAAAGAGACCAAAGAACAGCUUGAGCCGAUGUGUGGGACUGAAGACCUCAACAGCCCUCAGAACUGAGCCCUCGGGCUUGGGAGGGUGUCGCAGCAGCCAGCUGUGGACUGCAGAGAGCCCUUGCUGGGGCUGAAGUAAGCGGGAGCUCCCCACAGCUAGUAUUUCCGACUGGGAGUGGAAUAGCUGGGAGAGCUCUGCAAGAUCCUGCAUCAGCUUCCUACGGUGAACCCUGCCGGGGCUGGAGUGCUGCCCCGUUCCCUCCACUCCUGGCAGCACCCCUUUGCUGAAGCUGGACUAAAUGGGAGCUCUACUCACAGCCAACAAUGCCACCCCACAUCCCCUGCUGGAAGGGGCUCCUUCGUUGUUGUUGCCUUAUAUUGUUGGGAAUAUUCUCUUUAGGCUUGAACCUUAUGGGGGGGGAGGGUUCCCCCUCAGUUUUGUGAACUUGUAUUUUUCACAGUUGUCUUUUUCUCUCUCUCUCUCUUUUUUUGAUGUAAUAAAUUAAGCUGAACUUGU